GGUGUGCAGGUAUCUCUACAUAAAUAUUUAGAGGUACCGGUCUUUGUAUCAGUCAGCAUCUACGCAUCCCACUGGAGAACCUGGCUUACCAUCAUGACAAAACUACAGAUAGUCCUCGUCCUGGUGAUGUCCACUGUGGCGUGUGACGCCUGGUUUAUGUCUACGACAACUUGCAGCGAGGCCCUGACGUCGUACUGUGGUGAUGGUGCCGAUAACAUCACAGUAUGUGCAGCGUGUCCACUGUAUGACGACGUUCUGUGUAACGCCACCCAAGACCCGCUGCUGUGUUACGGCAACAACCGAAGUCCAUGCGGUGAUACGACGGAGCCAUGCGACUCCACAUUGGGCUUCAACUAUGGUUGCUAUAAUGGGUAUUGUUGGAGCCAGUGUGUGGGUGUGGACUAUGGGGACCAAGAGUGGUGCUACACCGCCAAGAGACAGCAUGGGCCUCGUGUUGACUACACCUGCGAAGAGGACUCUGAUUGUCAGCCAACUACGUUAAAUGACAGCAUCAUGUGUUCCGGGAACUGUGGGCCUACUGGUUCCUUUGGAAAGUGAACCACAGUACCGGACCGACCAUUUGAUUGGGAUAGGAUUAUUGCUGGUCGCUGCAAGAAGAAUCCUGUUUAUCUCCUCAAUUCACGCAAUAUCAGAUUGGUCGGCCUUUUCGAUUAUUCAUGUAUAUCACUUGCAAUGUGGAUCUACAAAUAAAGUGCAGAUCCUAU